AUGACUUUCAAGUCCAGCCCCGCACUGAGUGUUAUCAUCCUGCCAUCAUGAGCCUGAGUGUCGAGAAGCGCACAGUCUAUCGAUCUCUCUGACCACCUUUCCGAGGUAUCAAAGGCCAGGACAACCUCUGUUGAAGGGGCUCAUAACGUACUUCACAUAGCCAGGAACUUGAACCGUGUCCCUCGCAGGAGGCAUGCCUAGUCCAGCGCAUUUCCCCAUCUCUGACAUUUAUGCAAAUAUGGUUUAACAUUCAUUUGGCAGACCAUUGCUCCUGGUAGUCGACUAGGAUGGUGCACGUGCAGUCUUUGCAGAGAGGUUAGAGAGACAAGGAGAGACAUCAGCUCAGGCCCUGUGCGGCUUUGUAUGGUCGUUAUAUUGACGCAUUGGACCUAUGACGGUUGCAUCCUCCGGCUCAGAGGAGGUCCAUUUGCAUGCAGUUCCGCAGUUGCAGGCGUCUGGGAAGGCCGUACCGUGUAUCAGGCAUCAUCCAAUCUCAAGAAGAGCACCGCCGGUAUCGAGAAAUACUCAGCCCGGAAUCAUACUAUGUUUAGUUUCAUUCCCCCAGGUGCGGGAAUGUACUUAUGAAUGAAAUUUUAUCUCAAUCAACUUGAUCCCUCAUUCGCAUCAGGUGAUGAAGAUACCUUGGACACAAAGUCAUGGGUAAAAUUACCAGAGAACGGAGUGUUGUUUAGGCCAGGUUGGGUGUUCAAUGUUCAUGGCCAACGCGAUGAUCAAAAACUCCCAUAGCACUGAUUCCGGUCACUUCUGCGUCUGUUUCAUCAAUAUUGAUGUACAAGUUUUAAUCUCAAUGCAUCUGAGAGUGACCUGGUUCACCGACCUCAAAAAAUCGGUCACUAUCUUCGAGUUCGGAUGACUCAUCCGAGAGUUCUUUCAACACAAGGACUUGUUUUGGAUACAGGUCAGCUGCUCGGCGUAAGCAACGACCAUCAUGUGGACCGAAAUGUCACAGUAGACCAAGAGACCCUGACUUGAAUGCCACGAUCCUUACUCUCUGCAAA